AACCCCCAACACCCGCUCAUUUACACACACUGAAAUUGAAGAGAAAAAGAAUAAAAAAAUCGAAACCCAGUUGCUAAAAUCGUGUAAUGGGUAAAGACGAGGAUGAGAUGAGAGGUGAAAUUGAAGAAAGGCUUAUAAACGAAGAGUACAAGAUUUGGAAGAAAAAUACACCUUUUCUUUACGAUCUGGUUAUUACCCACGCUCUUGAAUGGCCUUCACUCACUGUAGAAUGGUUGCCUGACCGUGAAGAGCCACCUGGAAAGGAUUAUUCGGUUCAGAAAAUGAUUUUAGGGACUCAUACGUCGGAAAAUGAGCCUAAUUAUCUUAUGCUUGCUCAGGUUCAGUUACCUCUUGAAGAUGCUGAGAAUGAUGCUCGACAUUAUGAUGAUGAUCGGUCUGAAUUUGGCGGAUUUGGUUGUGCUAAUGGAAAGGUACAAAUAAUCCAGCAGAUAAAUCAUGAUGGAGAGGUCAAUCGGGCUCGAUAUAUGCCCCAAAACCCAUUUAUCAUUGCUACUAAGACAGUUAGUGCUGAAGUUUAUGUUUUUGACUACAGUAAACAUCCAUCUAAGCCUCCUCUAGAUGGUGCAUGUAAUCCAGAUUUGAGGUUAAGAGGCCACAGCACAGAGGGCUACGGUUUGUCGUGGAGUCAGUUUAAGCAGGGUCAUUUAUUGAGUGGUUCAGAUGACGCUCAGAUAUGUUUAUGGGACAUUAAUGCCACUCCCAAAAAUAAGGCCCUAGAUGCUAUGCAGAUAUUUAAGGUUCAUGAAGGUGUUGUAGAGGAUGUAGCAUGGCAUUUGAGGCAUGAGUAUUUAUUUGGCUCUGUUGGGGAUGAUCAGUAUCUGCACGUAUGGGAUCUGCGAACUCCAUCAGUCACCAAGCCUAUACAAUCUGUAGUCGCACAUCAGAGCGAGGUUAACUGCUUAGCUUUCAACCCCUUUAACGAAUGGGUUGUAGCAACAGGGUCUACAGAUAAGACAGUUAAAUUAUUUGAUCUACGCAAGAUUCAUAGUGCACUGCAUACUUUGGACUGUCACAAGGAGGAAGUUUUCCAGGUUGGGUGGAAUCCGAAGAAUGAGACCAUCUUAGCUUCUUGUUGCCUCGGUAGGAGACUCAUGGUUUGGGAUCUCAGCAGGAUCGAAGAAGAACAAACUCCAGAAGAUGCAGAAGAUGGACCGCCAGAGUUGCUCUUUAUUCAUGGUGGCCAUACAAGUAAAAUUUCGGACUUCUCGUGGAACCCAUGUGAAGAUUGGGUCGUCGCUAGUGUUGCCGAGGAUAAUAUACUACAAAUCUGGCAGAUGGCUGAAAACAUCUACCAUGAUGAAGAUGACCUACCACCACCACCACCUGGAGAUGAUGCCUCCAAAGGUCAAUAGGAAACUAGUAUAGCCCUUAGCGGGUAUUGUAACAUCAUGUAGGAGAGUCCAAAAAUAUGCUUUUUCAAUUUGCCCGUCUACUCCCCACCCAUGUUGCGUAUUUUUUUGCUUUUUCUUUUUCUUUUUUUGGACUGAGCUUCUCUCUAAUGCUGUGAUAUCUAUGGCUGUUACUUCUAACGAUUUGUUCUCUUUAACAUUUCAUCUAUGUAUUUAGGCCAAAAAAGAUUGAGCCUGGUCCUCCCA